AUGUCAAAAUGCAGAACAACAAUCGGACAACUAAGGCAUUCAUGUUUUGGAUUCUCAGUGAAAACCCCAAAACCAAAUCUCACAGUGCACCACACAAGAAUCCCUCUAUCAACAUCACCACCACCACCAUCAUCAUACCAAAUGGGAAACAUACUCCUGAUGGCUUAUCUAACCAAGACCCUCUCCGAAUCCGGCACUCGCAAUCUGGACCCAGAUUCCAUUCCUCUCUCAGACUCUCUGGUACUCCAAAUCCUACGCAAAAACUCACUUGACACCUCUAAGAAAAUGGAUUUUUUCAAAUGGUGUUCUCUCAGGAAUAAUUUCAAACACUCCGUGAGCACAUACUCUCAAAUGUUUGUCACUUUGUGCCGUUCUGGGUACCUUGAAGAAGUUCCUAAUUUGCUAAAUUCAAUGAAGAAUGAUGGUGUUGUUGUUGGGUCUGAAACUUUUAAGUUCUUGCUUGAUGCAUUUAUUCGACUCGGGAAGUUUGACGCUGCACUUGACAUUCUUGAUCACAUGGAAGAACUGGGGACUAACCCGAACCCUCAUAUGUAUGAUUCUAUUAUCGUUGCACUUGCUAAGAAAAACCAGGUGGGUUUGGCAUUGUCUAUAUUGUUGAAGCUUCUAGAAGCCUCUGGUGGUAAUAAAGGGAAUGCUCUUGGUGUUUCACUUCCGGGCUCCAUUGCAUGCAAUGCAUUGUUGGUUGCGCUUAGAAAGGGAGAUAUGAAAGUAGAAUUCAAAACGGUUUUUGAUAGAUUGAGGGAGAAAGAGGGGUUUGAGUUGAAUACAUGGGGUUACAACAUCUGCAUUCACGCUUUUGGUUGUUGGGGUGAUCUGACUACUUCUUUGAGGCUUUUUAAAGAGAUGAAGGAAAAGAGUUCAGCUUCGGGGUCAUUUGAUCCUGAUUUGUGCACCUAUAAUAGCAUGAUUCAUGUGUUGUGCUUGGUUGGGAAGGUGAAGGAUGCAGUGAUCGUGUAUGAGGAAUUAAAGCUGUCUGGUCAUGAGCCUGAUGCCUUUACUUACCGAAUUCUCAUUCAAGGGUGCUGUAAAUCUUAUCAAAUGGAUGAUGCAACAAAGAUUUUUAGUGAAAUGCAGUACAAUGGGUUCCUUCCAAAUACCGUAGUGUACAAUUCUCUUUUAGAUGGGAUGUUCAAAGCAAGGAAAGUUAUGGAAGCAUGCCAGUUGUUUGAGAAGAUGGUUCAGGAUGGAGUAAGGGCCUCAUGCUGGACGUACAAUAUUCUGAUUGAUGGGUUGUGCAAGAAUGGCAGGGCUGAGGCUGGUUACAAUUUAUUUUGUGACUUGAAAAAGAAGGGUCAAUUUGUGGAUGCUGUUACCUACAGCAUUGUUGUGUUGCUACUUUGUAGGGAAGGUCAUCUUGAGGAAGCACUGCACGUAGUGGAAGAAAUGGAGGAAAGAGGCUUUGUUGUUGACCUAAUUACUAUAACAUCGCUCUUGAUUGCGUUUCAUAAACAGGGUAGGUGGGAUUUCACUGAGAGGUUGAUGAAGCUCGUAAGGGAUGGUAAUCUAGUACCAAAUGUUCUCAAAUGGAAGGCAGAUAUGGAGGCUUCAUUGAAGGAUCCACAGAGCAGAAGAGAGGAUUAUACUCCACUGUUUCCAUCUAAAGGUGGCCUCCAGAAAAUUAUGAGUUUAAUAAGUUCCCCCAACUCGGGUUCAGAUGAUGGAGCAACUAAGGAUGAGAAGAGUUCAGCAGCUGACAUUGAUCAGUGGUCAUCAUCUCCAUAUAUGGAUCAUUUGGCCAAUCAAGCGAAGUCCACUGACCUUUCUUCUCAGCUAUAUUCACUGGUUCGGGGCCAGAGAGUUCGAGAUAAAGGGGCAGACUCUUUUGAUAUUGAUAUGGUGAAUACCUUCUUGUCUGUAUUUUUGGCCAAGGGAAAGCUGAGCUUGGCCUGCAAGUUGUUUGAGAUAUUCACUGAUAUGGGUGUGGAUCCUGUGAGUUACACUUACAAUUCCAUCAUGAGUUCUUUUGUGAAGAAGGGUUAUUUCAACAAGGCAUGGGAUGUUUUUAAUGAAAUGGGUGAAAAGGUUUGCCCAGCAGACAUUGGAACCUACAAUGUGGUGAUUCAAGGGUUGGGGAAAAUGGGGAGAGCAGACCUAGCCAGCUCCGUUCUAGAUAACCUAAUGAAGCAAGGUGGUUACAUUGACAUUGUUAUGUAUAACACCUUAAUUAAUGCACUGGGAAAGGCUGGUAGGAUUGAUGAAGCUAACAAGCUUUUUGAACAUAUGAAGUCUAAUGGAUUAAAUCCUGAUGUGGUCACUUAUAAUACUAUGAUUGAAGUUCAUAGCAAGGCAGGUCAGUUGAAAGACGCAUAUAAGUUCUUAAAAAUGAUGUUGGACGCAGGCUGCUUGCCAAACCAUGUCACAGACACCACUUUGGACUUUCUAGCAAAAGAGAUUGAGAAACUAAGGUACCAAAAGGCAUCAAUUAUGCGCCAAAAGGAUGAUUCUCCUUGA